AAUGUUUUUAUAGAGAGGAGGAGCGGUUGAAGACAUUCGAUGCCUGGCCACUAAUAAAUCCAAAACCUAGAGAAAUGUCAAUAGUUGGAUUUUAUUAUACAGGACAAGCAGAUAGAGUUACUUGUUAUUUUUGUGGAGUGGAAAUUUGUCGUUGGAAAGAAACAGAUUCACCACUGGCAGAACACAAACAUUAUGAUCCACCAGUAGCCAAUGCCCCCACUGCGCUGAGGGCUGUUAAAAUUGGUAUUAUUGUCACCCACGAUUUUGACAUUAACAAGGUGAUUUUGCAAACGCGUCCUUUAAUUGAGGAGCGGUUGAAGACAUUCGAUGCCUGGCCACUUAUAAAUCCAAAACCUAGAGAAAUGGCAAUAGUUGGAUUUUAUUAUACAGGACAAGCAGAUAGAGUUACUUGUUAUUUUUGUGGAGUGGAAAUUUGUCGUUGGAAAGAAACAGAUUCACCACUAGCAGAACACAAACAUUAA